AUGGUCACAGAGGACUACGGAGCAACAAGAAAGGAACAUGCAUGUGUGGUGUUGAUCCAUGGCCAGAGCUUUGGUAGAAGAGGACUCAGGAGGACCCUCGUCCAAAACUACGUUAAGAAACAGGCCAUACCGGUGGUCGUGCCUCGCCACAUCGUGGUGCCAGUCAUGAAGCAUUACCCGGUGUAUGUCAAUUACGUGAUGCCGAUCCGGACUCCUUACUACGUCCACGGACACGGACACGGACACGGAUACGGGCGAGGGCGAGGUUCUGACGAGUCCGGCUCUGACGAACGUGGAGGCGUGAAGGUUCUCCACAUCGGCGGCGGUGGUGGCGGUGGACACUAGUCAGAGUCAUUCCAUCCCAACCCUUCCCCUCUCUCAGACUUUCCGGCGGAAAGAGAAGAGAGAUGGAUGUUAGAAAAAAUUGUUUUGGUGCCAGUGGUUUGUCCGAACGGGUGCGACAGUGUGAUCGUCCGUCUCCGUAUUCGAAUCUUCGCAUUCUAUCCUGUCUUAUGUGUCCAUAAUCGUUGUCGUUUAUAUCUCCACAUAACGUUUUUUUUUAUUAUUAUAAAUAAAAUAAAAAAGGCAUUUAAAUUA